UUUCUAGAAAUUUGGCAAUUCUUCCCGUCUCAAACUCCCUGCGAAUCUCUCUCUCUCUCUCUCUAUCUCUCUUGUUUCUCUCUCCUCGAAACACAUUUUCCUUCACAGAAUCAGAGUAAAUAAAACCCCAUUUCUUCUCAAAGAAUAAUAUUAAUCCCUUCCUUCUUGCUGUUUUAUUGGAACUCCUCACUUGGUGGGCAUUUGUGGUUCUAUUUCUUCCUUUUAACUUGUUCUCAACGAGAAGGGAUAUAAUUUAUGUGUGUUGGUGUUUGAUGUGAAGAGAUUGAAAGAUGUUGGGAAGCUUGCUAACCAGAAUUCUUAUAUUGUUUCUUGGGUAUGCAUACCCAGCAUUUGAGUGCUACAAAACAGUGGAGAAGAACAGAGUUGAGAUUGAAGAACUCCGGUUUUGGUGUCAAUACUGGAUAAUUGUGGCAAUGCUCACAGUUCUUGAGAGGGCUGGAGAUGUAUUCAUCUCAUGGUUGCCCAUGUAUGGUGAAGGGAAGGUGGCCCUUUUUAUAUACCUAUGGUGUCCAAAGACCAAGGGAACUUUCUUUGUGUACAAGACCUUCCUGAGGCCAUAUGUAGCAAAGCAUGAGACAGACAUAGACAGGAAGUUGCUGGAGAUGAGAGCAAGAGCCUGGGAUUUGACGGUACUCUACUGGCAGAACUUCGCCCAAUAUGGCCACGCUGCUUUCCUCCAAGCCCUUCGGUACAUGGCUGCUAACUCCGCAAAGUUCGCCACCAAACCCACCACCGAGUCGCAGACAGUCGAUGAUGAUCAGCAGGACACAGCAGCGCCGCUACGUAAACCGAGCGGGAAGAACAAGUGGCAGCCAGGAUCCCCACCAGCAACACCAAAUGGCAGAGCCACCACAGUCAACCGCGCCAUGUCUGAGACUCCGAGGUCCCCCAAGGUGGUUCAUCCCCGACAUCAAACGGAUGGUGGGCAGGUUGACGAGUUGACUGAGAAGCUCCGGCUCAGGCGUUCUAAGCCAAUCCAGUGAGAGAGAUUAGAUUGUAAUCACAAAAAACAAGAACAAAAAUUGUACAAAACCCAGAAACAGAAAUCGAUUGAUUGAUUCAUCGAA